GUUUAGAAGUUCUUGGUGAUGGUGGAUUGAUUAUCCCGAAAAUUCCAGGGAACAAAUGUAGUUGGAAGACGUUUCCUGCAGCAAAUUCUGAAGCUUCCCAAGUGGCUGCUCCUUUCUCCCUUUUAGGAGGCACCCAGAACCAGAAGAAACACUGAGGAUCCAGUGUGAUCUUGGCAGGGGUUGCCUGGGACUCUGCAUUCUCACCUGUCCAUCAUUCCAUCAUUACCUUGAGUUGCCUGAGGUCAGGAGAGGAUGAAGGUGUCUGUGGUUCUGUCCCUCGUUGGCUGCCUGGUAGUUCCAAAUAGCGCGACUGUCCUGGGACGCUGUGUUGUGGCUAAGAUGCUUCAGGCUGGAGGCCUGGAUUAUUAUGAGGGUUAUGGACUUGCAAACUGGGUGUGUCUGGCUUACUUUGAGAGCAAGUUCAACCCCUCAGCUAUCUACGACAACAAUGUUCUGGGAAACUACACUGGCUACGGUCUCUUUCAGAUCCGAAACAAUGAUUGGUGCGACCGUGGCAAGAACCGCUGCCACAUGGCUUGCUCUGAUUUACUAAAUCCAAAUUUAAAGAAGACAAUUGAAUGUGCCAAGAGAAUUGUAAAGGGAAAAGAAGGGAUGGGAGCAUGGCACUCCUGGUCCCUGAACUGCCAGUACUCUGACACUCUGGAGCGGUGGCUGGACGGGUGCCAGCUGCAGCUCUAGGGUGGUCCUCCUAACACUUAACAGUCGCAACUUCUGAAAUGAAGAUGCUGUCUUGUUUGC